CUGGGGAGCCCUGGGGAGUCUCAAAGUUUGUGUCCGGAGCGGCUUUGAGAAGGGAUUUUCUUGGGAUGCGUGCUGAUCUGUUGCCUUCCCUUUGGAUGCACAUCCCGCGCUAAUCCCUGCAGCCUCGGGUCGGACCCUUGCGAAGACUUGGGUCCUCCCGAAAUCCUCAGGUCCUGUAGGCAGGCAGGGGACACCCGGAGAAAGAGAUCCUAGCGUUUCCACGGCCGCCCCGGCCCUCCGCAUCCUCCGCCCGGCCCGGCGCGGCCUCUUCUGCCCUCAGCACCCUCGGCCCCGCGGCUUCCACCCCCAUGGAGGUGCUGGAGAGCGGGGAGCAGGGCGUCCUGCAGUGGGACCGCAAGCUGAGCGAGCUGUCGGAGCCUGGGGACCCCGAGGCUCUCAUGUACCACACGCACUUCUCCGAACUUCUGGAUGAAUUUUCCCAGAAUGUCUUGGGUCAGCUCCUGAAUGACCCUUUCCUCUCGGAGAAGAGCGUGUCGAUGGAAGUGGAGCCAUCUCCUACAUCCCCAGCACCUCUCAUCCAAGCUGAGCACAGCUACUCCCUGUGCGAGGAGCCCCGGGCCCAGUCACCUUUCACCCACACGGCCACCAGCGACAGCUUCAAUGAUGAGGAGGUGGAAAGUGAGAAAUGGUUUCUGUCCACUGACUUCCCUUCAGCCACCAUCAAGACUGAGCCGAUUACGGAGGAGCAGCCCCCAGGCCUGGUUCCCUCGGUCACUCUAACCAUCACAGCCAUCUCCGCCCCUUUUGAGAAGGAAGAACCCCAUCUGGAAAUCAAUACUGGGGUUGAUUCCUCAUGCCAGACAAUCAUCCCUAAGAUUAAGCUGGAGCCUCACGAAGUGGAUCAGUUCCUUAACUUCUCUCCUAAAGAAGCCUCCGUGGACCAGCUGCACCUGCCACCAACUCCUCCCAGCAGUCACAGCAGCGACUCCGAGGGCAGCCUGAGCCCCAACCCACGCCUGCACCCCUUUGGCCUGCCUCAGACCCACAGUCCUGCCAGAGCCGUGCCCCGCGCCCCAUCCGCCCUGUCCACCUCUCCCCUCCUCACAGCGCCCCACAAACUGCAGGGAUCUGGCCCACUGGUCCUGACCGAGGAGGAGAAGAGGACCCUGAUUGCGGAGGGCUAUCCCAUCCCCACCAAACUGCCCCUCACCAAGUCCGAGGAGAAGGCCCUGAAGAAGAUCCGGAGGAAAAUCAAGAACAAGAUUUCUGCGCAGGAGAGUCGAAGAAAGAAGAAAGAAUACAUGGACAGCUUAGAGAAAAAGGUGGAGUCCUGUUCCACUGAGAACCUGGAGCUUCGGAAGAAGGUGGAGGUUCUGGAGAACACCAACCGGACUCUCCUUCAGCAACUCCAGAAGCUUCAGACUUUGGUGAUGGGGAAGGUUUCUCGCACCUGCAAGUUGGCAGGCACGCAGACUGGUACCUGCCUUAUGGUGGUUGUGCUGUGUUUUGCUGUUGCAUUCGGCAGCUUCUUUCAAGGCUAUGGACCCUAUCCUUCUGCGACCAAGAUGGCUCUGCCCAACCAGCACUCCUUGUCAGAGCCAUACGCAGCCUCUGUCGUGAGAUCCAGGAACCUGCUGAUCUAUGAGGAGCAUUCUUCCCUGGAGGAGCCAUCCAGCCAGGCCUCAAAUGGGGAGCUUGGGGGCUGGGACAGAGGCUCUGCCCUGUUCAGGGCAUCAGCACUGGAGCCCCUGCCAGACAUGGAACUUACUCAUUUCAUUAUCUCAAAUGAGACCAGCUUGGAGAAGUCCGUGCUGUUGGAGCUGCAGCAGCACCUGGUCAGCGCCAAACUGGAGGGGAAUGAAACUCUCAAAGUGGUAGAACUGGAGAGAAGAGUGAACACCACCUUCUAGUGAUGCUUUCUCCAUCUCCCUUCUUCCCCUAACUCUCCCGUGACUUCCCCAAAUCACCUCUGUCACUAGCUUUUCCUCUUUGCCAUUGGAGGCUGAAGAGCAGGGGGAUGAGUGUUAGUGGCUCGGGAUGGGAGGCCGGCCUGGGGUUCUGCUUGUGUGUCUGCCGCUCGCUCUCAUGGAGAAGGGAGCCAGUGCCUCUCCCUCCCUUUUCUCUCACUGCCAUAGGAAAUUGUUUCAGGUAGGGGUGGCAGGCGGAUGGGACAAGCAGGCUUGUUGCCAUCCAUCGUGCCCAAAGACACUGCCUGAUUCUCCCCCCCUCGGAGAUCGUCCCCUCUUGGAAGAAGAGAUGACUUUUAUUCAGUUGACGUCGCAGACCCUAGUUCCAUGCCUGCUUGGAUUUGGCAAAGCACUGAUUCUGGUUCUCCCUUGUUCCCACUAGGCCUCUAGUGUGAUUGCUCCCCUCUGCCCUGGGUGUGCCAGGGCCUCACAUCAGGACCCUCCCUCCACGCUGCCUUCCAGUACCCGUGGGGCAGACAGAGAGGGGGCUUCCUUUGCAAACUCAGGCCGCAAGUGCAAUGCCUGAAGGCAUCAUCAGGCUUUUCUCCUCCAGGCCGACCUGCCCAUCAUAUUGCUUGUAGGACCUCCCUCAUUUGCUUCCCAAUAAGGACCUUAGUUGUACCUCCCUGGCUUCCCCUCCCCACGUGUAAAUAGUAUUUAUUAGCUUACUGAGGCUCCCCGCCCGUGACCCCACUGAAGUGACUCAGUGUCCCCCUCCCUCCACGGUAGCCAGGUCUCCCGUGGCAGUGGAGCGUGGCUGUGAGUGCCUCAGUUCUCCCAGAUGAUUUGUUUGUUUGUUUCCUUCUCUCUCUCUUUCUCUCUUUUAAAUGGGAGGCCUAGGAAGUAAUUAUUACUGAGAAGUUCCCUGAAGCCUGUGUCUCCCUCGUGGAUGGACUAAGAAGGAAUGAUAGAGCGAUGGCUUGCUCAGAGCCGGGGCUCUGUGGCCUGUUGCUUUCUCUCUCCAGAGAGACAAGAAGAAGCAGAGAAGCUCUGUCUCUGUCAGCAGGCAUGGCUGACAGCUUGUCCUCCACACCUGCCAGGCCUUUCCUCCCUGUACCCUGCCUUCCCUCUGCCCGCCUUAACCAAGGGGACGUCGGAGCAUCCGCUGUCUUGACCUUUCUGUAGUCAGGUCUGGCUACUUUGCAGCUCACCCAAAGAGACAUAACCUAAUCCCCAACCUACUUUUUAUUUUUGUUUGAAAUGAUUAAAAGUAACUUUUAUAGUGAAAAUCUUUCCUCUUUCAUACAAAGAAGAAAUGGAAAUUGCCUUUUUAUUGUAUUAGAUAGAAGACUCCCUUGACGUGUUUCCCCUCCCCCCCCCCCCCCAGUUUGUAAAAGACUUUGUAUAGGAAAUAUGCUUACAUUUUCUAUUUUAUUUUAGUAACAGCUGAAGGGCCUUUAGCUUUGGCUUCUAUUUCUGUCUCUGUCCCUCUGUCUCUGUCUCUCGUACACACACACACACACACACACACACACACACACACACACACACAUACAGCAUUAUCACCACCAUCAUCAUCUAACCGUCUACUGGUCAUUGGAGCCUCCAUUAAGAGAGGUUACACCCACACCAGGCCUUCCUUUCCAUAUGACAGACAGGAUUUGGUAUCACUAGCUUUUUGCCCUCAGCCCCCACUAGUGGUUUCCUACGUCAUCAGCCUGGAUCCAUUUGGAGACACGGUGGGGAGUGGUCUUCCCACACUUGUGGGGAAGGUUCCUGACUAGGAAGAAAACUUAGCUGCUCAUGCUGUGUGUCCGAGUCACGGCAGGACUCCUGUGGGCUGACAGCUCUGCCGUCCCUCCCUUACAUGGACCAGGACAGGACAGGCUGGGACAUCUGGGCUGGUGGGGUAGAGAGGGCGCUGGGCACCUCUGCUUCUGCUUCUCAUUUCCCUGCACUCCAUUUUCUCGGGCGCUUGGUCUUCUUGUAUCUGGCUCCUGUCCCACAGACCGCAGUUGAUUCAUGUCCUCUGUAAAAUGCCAGGUCCCUGUCGCACAUAGACCAUCAGUGGGACACCCCCCUCUCCCCAGAAGGCAAGAACCCCAGAAUUAAAUAGUCCUAGGAAAAUGGGAAAAGGUAAGGAGCAGAAGUGAGGUUAUGGAUCAGCCCAUCUGACGGUUGCAAUUGAACCAAACAGGGUUAUAAGUCACCUGAAAAUAGCCCUGGUAGAAACUCCGCUCUUGAAUGAGGAGGGAGAAGGAAAAGGAAACGCCUGGCCUUAGUUCUUAGUUCUUUGAGGAUUUAAUUUUUGUCUUUUGUAGGAUAUCACUCUCUCUACAUCCAGCAGGACAUUUUCUCUGGAAAAGCUUGUUCCAGCACAGAAUCUGUAACUGGAGACAUGGGACAUGAGCCAGAGAACUCAAUGGCCCUGUAAGAGGGUUUCCAAGAGCAGGUGUUGCUAUUUUAAGAAGAAAACCUCUGCCCUCCACCCCUGGUUUGGGUGUGAGAAAGGCGAAUGGAGCCUUGAAGCUCAGGAGGUCACAGAAGUGUCACCUAACACCAGAUUGGUUCCACAUCAUUUAGGAGGUGUGUUUGCUUUCUGGUCAAAGGUUAAGCCCCCAAUAUGAGCAGAUUGUUUUUAUUUUUCCACUGUGGAACCAGACCUGCAGACCAGUGAAUAAUUCAUGAUUCACUCUGAAGAUAACCGUGAAUUCAGAGAGAGAGCUUGAACUUAAAUUUAGAAAAAAAAUGAAACUAUUUGAGAAACCAGAAGCCAACACACUAAAUCUGCUUGUUCUAAGAUUUCCCAUCAUGUGCACCGGUAUUCCCUCUUUUCUUGCUUCGAUUACAAUGGACUGGAGCUGAGUAACCCCUCCCCUGGCCUGCGAUGGUUCUGUUUUACAACUCCCACCUCUGUGCUAUGACUUGGACCCCAUAAAUGAGAGGCCUCAGUUCCAGUGUGGAGAAAGACAGUGAAGGAUUAGGACUCUGGUGUCUGUCUCGCUCCCAGAAAGAGAGUGUUCUGUAAAAUCCUGACACCUGAGCUGAGUUGCUCCUCUCCUGGCAGGAGGUGGAGGUGGGCCUUGUUGCCAAAAUUAGAUAACCUUUGGGUUAUUAGAAAGGAGUUUGAUUUAGAGAACUCAUUUGAAGAUUGGAAAAGUAGCUUUCAGUUCAACAUAUUUACCAAUCCAACUAUGAAUACCAGAUUCCAGAUUACUUAUUCAUUCAUUCUUUUCUUCUUGGACUUUUCAGGGUUCUUUUUUCUUCUUAUUGUUUUGUUUUGUUUUC